CCACGCCCGCGUGGUGCGCUCUGGGGCGGCCCCCUCGCAGCAGGGCGGGGCGGGGCAGGCGGCGGAAAGGCCUGGCGCACAGGGCGAGGGCGGCGGCGGCGCAGUCUGCAGCAUGGCGUACCCGGGGCAUCCUGGCGCCGGCGGCGGGUACUACCCAGGCGGGUAUGGAGGGGCUCCCGGAGGGCCUGCGUUUCCCGGACAAACUCAGGAUCCGCUGUAUGGUUACUUCGCUGCUGUAGCUGGACAGGAUGGGCAGAUAGAUGCUGAUGAAUUGCAGAGAUGUCUGACACAGUCUGGCAUUGCUGGAGGAUACAAACCUUUUAACCUGGAGACUUGCCGGCUUAUGGUUUCAAUGCUGGAUAGAGAUAUGUCUGGCACAAUGGGUUUCAAUGAAUUUAAAGAACUCUGGGCUGUACUGAAUGGCUGGAGACAACACUUUAUCAGUUUUGACACUGACAGGAGUGGAACAGUAGAUCCACAAGAAUUGCAGAAGGCCCUGACAACAAUGGGAUUUAGGUUGAGUCCCCAGGCUGUGAAUUCAAUUGCAAAACGAUACAGCACCAAUGGAAAGAUCACCUUCGAUGACUACAUCGCCUGCUGCGUCAAACUGAGGGCUCUUACAGACAGCUUUCGAAGACGGGAUACUGCUCAGCAAGGUGUUGUGAAUUUCCCAUAUGAUGAUUUCAUUCAGUGUGUCAUGAGUGUUUAAAUCAAGAGGAAGCUGCAUGAAUGUAAUCGACAUUCCAACUGGAGCUCUCCUUUGCUUGUCCUCUUUGCCUUCGGUAAUAUGUGUAAACUUAUAUCGCGACUUUCUCUCAACAGCUGUUGUAAAGUUUAUUACUUUAUGUACAACUGAAGUUUUAUUUUAGUUUUGAUAAUAAAUUCUUCGGAACUUUAAUAAGAUCUAGUCUGUUACACCAUUUAGAACUUUCCUGAGCCAUUAUCAGUCAUGCCUUAUUUUCUUGCUAAAACUCUAUGUAAAUUUAAGUAUGCAAAAUGUUUAAGUCACAUUAUUUAUUUUUCAUUGUGAGACACUAAAAACUGUUACUCAGACUACAGGUGUUAUCUUUGUCUCCUAGAAAGAAUACUCCACACAUAAAAACUUAGGUAAAUGACAUAGACCCACUUGGGUACAAUAAAACAACAAAAAAGGUAAUCCAGUAAUCCAUGUCAGGAUUCACCUUAGUAGAAGUUUAGCACAGGCCCUUCAAAACCUAUUGAAUAAUUUGAUUGGCAAAUACUAUCUGUCACCAAGUCCCUUUUUGUCAUCUAUUUAAACCUUUGUUAACUCUCCUUAAAAAUCUUGUACAUUAUAGGCUUAACUAUAUAAAAAGAAAAUUGAUAGAAAAAGACUAAGGGAAUAUGUGAAAAUAUUAACAAUGUUUAUUUUUGAUUAAUAGAAUUCUAGAUGACUUUAAUUUUCUUUAUAUAUUUCAGUAUUUUUCAGAUUUUCUACAUGCUUUCCGUUUAAAAUCAGAUUUUAGUUUUUAAAAUACUGAUACAUCCAUUUUGAUAUACCAUGUAUUCACACUUUAAAAAAUAUACAUAGCAGAGUAUUGGAAAGUAUGUACCAAAACAUUGAUCUGGCUACCACUGGGAGUCAGGAUCAUGAGUUCAUCUUCUCCCUUCUUACUGCUUUUCCAAACAUUCUCCAGUAAGCAGGUACUACAUUUAUAAUGGAAGGAAUUUUUUUAAAAAAAUUUUAAGCUGUACACUUUCAAGUAAGAUCUGAAUUCUAAUGCUGGCUUGUGCCUCUUACUAUGUGGUUUGGUCAUUAUAGAUAAUGCCAAGUUUCAGUUUCCCCAUCUUUGAAAAGGAGAUAAUAUGUUAUCUCUUGGGAGUAGUUCUGAAUAUGAAAAGUGUGUUGAUACAAGAAGCACUAACAAUGUUAGUGUUUCUUAAAUUUAAAACUGGCCUGGUUUGCCUUUUUUAUCAAGAGAGCUUAACAGAUAAAAAAUGAAAUUAGUCUAUUUUCUACUUGCCAGCAGAGUAUCUGUCUUAUUUUAGGAUGCAGUGUGAGACUUACCAUUCAACUGAACAAUUAGUUGUCAACUAAUGAAAAUAAAACAUUUUCUCUAAGCAUCUUUAGCCUCAUUUCACUAUUAAUUUUUUAAAAUAUUGUUAAAAUAUAUAUUAUUCAAACCUAACAUAUAACUAUGGCAAGUUAGUUAGCCCAGGUUAUAUAUCAGAAUGUGAAGCAGCCUGCUAUAUAUUACAUGGUGACUAUAGAUGGCAUCUCCGUAUAUUGUCUGUGAGGCCACAAAGCUCUGCUUGAGCCUGGGCUGUCUAGAAAAGGGCCAAAAAGGGGCUCAGAGGAUUAGGAGGCAGGGAGCUCACCUUCAGUGUCCUAGCACCUGCUGUUUGGUUUCAACUCACCAGGGUCCUCUGAGGAAAUCAUAGUUUAAGGAAAUGGUAAUUUCCUGGUUGAGGAUAAGCAGUAGAGAAGAAGGCCUUGCUGAAGGUUAUGGGACAUAUUUGAACAAGUCCCAAGGUGUGCUGCAUCAAUUGUGGUUCCGAAUUGGCUUUGGGAUGAAUAUAAAACCAUCCCUCUGACAUUAUAUUAGUUUGUUCUCACACUACUAUAAAGACACUACCCAAGACUGGGUAAUUUAUGAAGGAAAGAGGUUUGACUCACAGUUCCACAUGGCUGGGGAGGCCUCCGGAAACUUAUAAUUAUGGCGGGAGUUGAAGCAGGCACCUUCUUCACAAGGCAGCAGGAGAGAGAAAUGCAAGCAGGGAAGUGCCAGAUGCUUAUAAAGCCAUCAGAUCUCAUGAGAACUCACUAUCACAAGAACUUCAUGGGGGAAACCGCCCCCAUGAUCCAAUCACUUCCCUCCCUCGAUGUAAGGCUUACAGGUCCCUCCCUGGACACAUGGGGAUUACAAUUCGAGAUGAGAUAUGGGUGGGGACACAGAGCCAAACCAUAUCAGACAUCAUUCAGUUAAUUCCGUUUUAAUUAUUGAUACCUCAAAACGAAUCUCUUUAUCUCCUCCCCUUCUGCUUUCAUUCUUUCCAAAAGCACGGAGCAUAGUUUUCAGUAUGUCCUUGCAGUUAGAAAUUUUCCUUCCCCUUGACAAAUUUGAUGUAUUCAUCUCCUUUAAUUACAGCCAGUCUUCAUUACAAGUGAAAUCUCCUGUUGCCUUAUUUCUAUUUUAUGUUGGGUUGUGUUUAAUUCAUUGUAUACUUCUAGUAUAGCCUCAUCCACUACUUUAAAAUUAUUUCCUGGUCUGUUUACUUUUUCUUAAAGAAUCUAGUUGGAGCAUGGUAAAGCUGUGAGUUCAAGCUUGAACACUUCAACUAUUUGGAGAAUUAAGCUCCUCAAAUCACCCUCAUUUAGGAUUUAAUUUUAUUUUGGAGAUGUGUGCUUUACUCUUGUGUUUCAAGAGAUCCAUGAUUAUGAAGUACUUUUAACACAUUUCGUGCACUUCCAUAGGAAUGUGGCUGCUAGAGACCUGGGGAUAGUUGGUGUAGAUUUGCACCACAGCAGUCAAAUUAAAGCUCUUGUGUCUACUGAGUCAAAUUGGAGUUUGGACUCUCCUUCAGCCUGAUGUUCCAGGUGGUACAAGUCCAUGAGCUGGCUGCCAUCUGUGAACUAGACUUUGCUUUGGCUCAGCCGAGUUACUGUUUCAGUGUUCAUCUAAAUGACUUAUUAUAUGACUAAAAUAUUAUAAAUGCAAGAAAUGGAGCUAUAUGUAAUCACCAUAAACUUUUAAAAUCUCAUAAUAAAUGUACAAACCCUUCA